AUGCCACACAGCUCAAGUGCUAUAUCCCAAUCCUUUACCGCGCUCGACUCGAUCACCACCCUCUCCACUCCCGCGCUCCACCGCGCCAUCCCCCAACCGCCAAAAUCCCCCGCCUCCGGCUUCCUGACCCCAGCAAACACUUACUUUGGCGCUUUUAAAUGA